AUGGCCGCCACGACGGCCACCGCCACCUCAGGCGGAGGUGGCUCUCGGCACAGCCUGGAGCACCUUCUUCAGCACGGUCAUCAGCAGGGUCAGCUGUGUCCUCAUCAUGCGGUCCACUUUGCCUCCGCCUACGAUGUUCGUCGAUCUUCCGCCUCCUACUCGGCGGAUAAUUACUCUUCAGGAGAGAGCAGCUACGAGGCCGCCUAUCGAGUUCACACAAAGACCUCCAGUCCGCCGCCCCUCUUUGGGAAGCUGGUUGGAACGGUGGCGAAGCACUUUCUCAGUGAUGAGCGCGAUCGAAAGUACUACGCCGACAUGUACUCCUGUAUGCCGCCGCCGAUCUUCAUUCUCACCAUUACUUUGGUGGAGCUCAUCUUCUUCAGCUACUACGCCAUCGCCAAUCAGACCGGCCCGGUCACCCCCAAUGGGCCGAUUCCCAUUGACAGCCUUUUCAUCUACCGACCGGAUCGGAAGGUGGAGAUUUGGCGGUUCUUCCUCUACAUGGUCCUCCAUGCAGGCUGGCUACACCUGCUCUUCAACCUUCUAGUCCAAUUGCUGGUCGGCUUGCCGCUGGAGAUGGUCCACGGCUCGACGCGAAUCGGCGUCGUCUACAUGUCUGGCGUUCUUGCAGGCUCUUUAGCAACCUCCGUCUUCGACUCUGAGGUGUACCUAGUCGGCGCCUCAGGUGGCGUCUACGCGCUGCUCGCUGCCCACCUCGCCAAUGUCCUCCUCAACUACAACCAAAUUGAGCUCGGUUUUGUCCGCCUGGUGGGCGUCUUUGUUGUUGUCUCAGUGGACGUCGGCAUAGCAAUCUACAAUCGGUACGCCGCCUCGGCGAUGGCCCACGACGGCGGCUCGGUGUCCUAUGUAGCUCAUUUAGCUGGGGCCGCCGCCGGCCUCACCAUCGGCCUGCUGGUGCUGAAGAACUUUGAGCAGAAGCUGCACGAGCAGCUGGUGUGGUGGGUGGCCCUCGGCGUCUACGUGGCCUGCAUCCUCUUUGCUCUGGUCUUUAAUUUGAUGGAGACGGUCACCUCGCGGGCUCUCCACGGGCCAUUGUUCUUCACAAUGUACUUGUGGUAA